AUGCCUCAAGAUGUUUCAAUGUGUUUACAGGUAGAUGCCCCCGCUAUUCUUGCAUCUCUACUUUCUGAGCCCCAACCGGAGGUCCGGGCUGCAGCUGUUUUUGCUCGGGCAACUGUCGAUUUCGGGGAAGUGCCCCCAGACGGCCUGCGAUGUGGCAGUGAAGGCGGCAGCUUAAGGUUGGUGACUACUGGAAUAAUUGACAGCGUGCGGUAUUCCUUUGGUGGGCAUCUGUCGAUUUCUCGUGGUCAUGAAUCCACUGGUGAUGUGGAUGAGAUUCCAGCAUUUGAUUUCGCAGAAUGGUUGAAAACAACAGUGUCGGGGAGGGACUAUGUGGUGAUGAAGCUGGGCAAUUGA